UCCGCUUUCUCGAUGCCGAAGUGAACGUUCCAGAGUAAUGGCGGCAUGCCGGGGUUCUUCGUCAAAAUGGUUUUUCACUCGCGAGCAGCUGGAAGACACGCCGUCCCGCCGAUUUGGAGUAGAAUCAGACCGGGAGCUCUCUUACCGGCAACAGGCGGCGAAUCUGAUCCAAGACAUGGGUCAGAGGCUCAACGUCUCUCAACUGACAAUAAACACAGCAAUCGUUUACAUGCAUAGAUUUUAUAUGCAACAUUCUUUCACCAAAUUCCAUAGAAAUAUAAUAUCUCCAACCACCUUGUUUUUGGCUGCAAAAGUGGAAGAGCAACCCCGGAAGCUUGAGCAUGUAAUUAAAGUAGCACAUGCUUGCUUAAAUCCACAGGAACCUCCUCUAGACACAAAAAGUAACGCAUACCUCCAGCAAGCUCAAGAGCUGGUGAUACUUGAAUCCAUUGUGCUGCAGACCCUGGGCUUUGAAAUUACUAUUGAUCACCCACACACUGAUGUGGUGAAAUGUACCCAGCUAGUGCGAGCAAGCAAGGAUCUGGCACAGACUUCCUAUUUCAUGGCUACCAACAGUUUGCACCUCACUACCUUCUGCCUCCAGUACAAACCCACAGUGAUUGCCUGUGUAUGCAUACAUUUGGCCUGCAAGUGGUCCAACUGGGAGAUUCCGGUUUCCACUGAUGGGAAACAUUGGUGGGAGUACGUGGACAGUACUGUCACUCUGGAGCUGCUCGAUGAGUUGACCCAUGAGUUUCUGCUGAUUCUGGAGAAAACUCCAAGCAGGCUGAAGAGAAUACGGAACUGGAGGGCAACACAAGCUGCCAAAAAGCCCAAAACUGAAAACACACAGUCAACAGAAAACACAUUUGCUGGGCCUUCGUUGCUUCAGGACCAUGGUGACGCAGCACUUCCUGGAGUUUCCUCUUCCAACCCAAGUUUUUCCAAAGUGGGUGCUGCCUUUACUGUACCCAUACCCGGGCAUUCCAGAGGAGUCCCCUUGUCCCUGGACACCAUGGCUGACGCAUACAAUCCAGCUAGCCACAGUGAAUGGCCUCAGGUUAACCAGAGCCAUGCAGGGUACACUUCCACCUAUGUAAAACAGGAACCGCUCAGCAUCCCUAUCCAUGAAUCCAUGCUGUGUUACCAGACUUCCUCUUCCUUAUUGCUCCAGCACCCACCACCUUACAAGACUGAAAAAACAGUAGAUUUAAGCCUUGUUAAACAGGAGAAAGGAAGUGGUGGCAGUGGAGCAGGCAAUAAUCACCCAGCACUUCAAGUUGCCUACCCUCCUUCCACUCAGCCACCUCCAGCACAGCCUCCAGUUCAGAAACUGUCUCUAGAUAAAUACAGAGAGAAACAUUCUGCAGAGUAUACUGUCCAGAAGCGUAGGCAAGAGCACCAUGGAGGAGUAAGGGACUGUGAUGUAAAAGGAGAUUUGACCUCCUCUUCUACCUAUGCACCACCCAACAUUACCCACAUAGAGCAUAGAAAACAUGCACAGCCCCAUCAAGUCUCACACAACAGCAGCACUACAGUCUCCCCUCUGAAAAUGAAAAUUCCCUCCUCAGCUUCAGGGCAAGACAGACGCCAUCAUGGAGACAAAUGGGACAAAGGCUCGCUUAAACUUCGCCUGCCUGUUCCCGGGUCCGGUGGCAACUUUCAGCCAGAAAAAAGUGGACAACCAAUCAAAGAUGAGCUCAAGACGAAGAUCUGCUUAGAGCGACACAGCUCAUCAGAUGAAGGCAUUUCUGCCAGCAAGAGCAAACAUUCCAGCCCGCUGGUGAGCAAAGAAAAGCACCGCGGGGCAGAGCAUAACCCCCAUCGCUCCCACAAGCACAGUGGCAACGGGCGAGGGGGUGUGGAGGGUCCGGGGAUAGUCCCCGGUAUGUUACGUGUUCCUCCAGGACUGGUCACGAUGGAAGGAACAGCGCUCAGUCAUCCUGCACCCAACCCUUUGACAUCCUCAUCACGAAAGAUCGCCUACGCCGAAGGCAGCCUCAACCACCACCCCUCAUCCUCGAGUUCGUGCUCCAAAGUGAGCAAAAUGUCCAAGAGUGGCACUAGUGCUGCAGGUACUCCAUCUUUUUCUUCCCCCUUUUCUCCUGCUCCUCCUCGCUCCUCUCCUGUACUGCAGUGUGUCUCAUCUGGCUCGCAGCUCUGUGGCUAACUUCCCUCCCUCCCCUCCUCCUCCUCUUCCUCCUUAUUCUUGUCUCUCCUCCUCCUCCCCUCCUGUCAUACCCAGGUGGGCUACGGACCACUCAGCAGUUCCUUCCUCCUAGCGAAUCGCCACAUGAAGUGGGAGAGCAGAGACACUGAGUCCACCGCUCUGCAGCCAUGGCCAGCAUAUGGAAAUGGCACCAAAGUACCGACCACUGAGACUUUGAAGACUAUGCUGACCUCUUUGUCAAGUGCCCUAAGAAAAUAACGCUUUGUGAAUAUAAACCCUUUACUGAGAGGCAGAAAACAUUACUGCAAAUAAGUAUUGUUGGACUUCUGUUUCCGAGAGAUAAGAUGAAUAAUUAUGCUUCCUGUCACACCUCGGGGCUGCGACGUUCAGUCCUGUUUUUGUUAGUGUGGAAUUGCUGCUCAGUAAUCACUUUUCUCUUCAGUUGGGUCGAAGAAAAAAUGUGCAAAUGUAGACGCGAGAGGUGGGAGAAGGUUGAGUGAGGCUUCCAUCUUCUCUUUGUAAGACCUCCUUAUGGGAAGAUGAGUAUUACAAGUUCUAGAAAAGCAUGGACGGUGCACUUCAUUGUCAUGAUGGUUUUUUUUUUGUUUGUUUUCUUUUUUGUAAUUUAAUUAAAUCCAUUGCGUGAUUAUAUGGAAGAAGUUGACGGCCAGCUGGAGAUGAGUAAGUUUAUGUUUGCUGGAAUUCCACUUGAUAUUGUUGAUGGAUGCAAUAUUUUUUUUAGGUGUAAAGUUCCAUCUCCAACAUUUUCUGGUCUGCGUUUCUUUUUAUACUGCAUUUGAUUUGCAUGUUUCAAUCAAACGGAUAUGAGAGGAGCGCUUACUUGGCUGUUUACAAGAAAUGGAGAUAAAUGUUUCUUUUGUAUGUUUAAAGAGAAAGCUAUACCAUGACAACUCAGGUUUGGAGCUGCUUGUAAUUAUAACAAGAAGACUAUAAUACAUAUAAAAGUUUUAUUUCACUGAUCAGCUGAUUGGGGUCAUCGACUGAAUGAUUGCAGCAUCAGGGGUCACAGACUCUCUGUAGACGGUGAUGUACUGUAGGGUUCCUUAACAUUUGAUUCCCGCUGAGACAUCAAUCAUUGAUGCAUUUUGUACCAAAAACCUUGACUUCCAAGUUGACUUUAAGCUGGAUGCCAAAGGUUGUGCCUCACUAAAAGGGAAGCUAAUAAUAUGCUACUGCAGUUUACAUCAAGUUACCAGAACAUUUAAUCGCACAUUUAAGUUCAUAUUAGAUCUACAGAUAUGUCUUUUGCCUCGUUCUCUUUCUUCAGGCAAUGUCCGAGGGAUUCUCUCGUGCAUCUGCUUGAACAUGGUUUUAAUGUUUAAAACAUUACUUCCAGUAUACAUUUCUCUAAAGAGCCUGUACCCUCUAAUGCCCUAUAUGUUGUAGAGCAUCCGACGUGCCAUAUUGGGCCAAGAAUGGUGUUUGUUCGUAAUAAAGGAUUUACAGUUGAGCCAAAAAAAAAAACUGAAAUUGUUAAAGAAAAAUAUGAACCACUCAUCACGUCUUUCCAAUUCUCAUUUUAAUAUAAUGAAUAAACUUCAUUGCCACCACGUUGA